AUGGAUAUUUCGAAGUUGCGAAAGGAGAACGAGGUUCUUCGACGGAAACUGGCGGAAGCUGAGCUGGCGACGAGGUACACCGUUUUAUCGUUGGAAGUCGAUGAUAAAAAAUGCAAAUAUAUCACGGGAAUCGCAUCAGGAAUAGUACUGCGUCAGUUGUACGAAGCUCUAAAAGACGAUCUACCCAUGUUUGAACCGGAAGAUAAGGAGAAAGUGUUUGUUUUAGCCCUCAGGAAAAUCAGGUUAAACGAACCGUUUCAAACCCAAGGGCUUAUGUAUGGCAUGCAUCCAAGCUUGGUGUCGGACAAGAUAUUUCAUGUUAUCCACUGCAUCUAUCCGUUUCUGGCAGGGUUGGUACGGUGGCCACCACGAGAAGUUUUACGAAAACACAUGCCGCAUGCGUUCCGACAAAAGUACAACGAUCGAGUGACAGUAAUCUUGGAUUGCUUUGAAGUUCCCAUCGAGACACCACGAGUCGAAGAGAUGGUGGCAAACGCAAACGUUUACAGUUUUUAUAAGCAUCAUAAAACCAUCAAAGUACUAGCGGGUAUCACUCCAGAUGGUUGCUAUUCCUUUAUUUCGGAGGCGUUUGGUGGGAGAACAUCCGACAAGCAGAUCACUUUGAUGUCCGGGUUCCUCGAUCUCAUCGAGGAAGGCGACUUUGUUUUAGCAGAUCGAGGAUUCUUGAUCGAGGACCUACUGAGGCAGAAAAAAGCAUCAAUUAGUAUUCCUGCGUUUAAGAAGACAAAUCGACAACUUGAACCUCUAGAUGCAUGUGAUUCAAAAGAGAUUUCUGCACUGCGAAUCCACGUUGAGCGCAUGAUCGGAUCUUUGAGGCAAAAAAUGUUGAUUUUAACAGAUAUUAUACCUAUAACUUUAUUGGAACGUUGGAAUUCAGGCACGCCAGCAUUAGACCAAAUCAUCAAAAUUGCCGCAGGAAUCGUCAAUUUGUGCCCCAGUAUUGUUCCCCAAUAA